AUGGUUCCCUGGUGGUGCAUCCAAGAGGCACUCGCAUCGGCACUCCCUAGGCCUGAUUUGGUGCGAUGUGGGCAUCGCGUGGUGGGGUACCGCCCUGUGUUUAAGCGCAGGGGUGGCGGGGAGGCGGAAGCGGGGGCGGCGGGGGGAGCAGGGGAAGCGAAGGGAGCGGGAAGAGUGAGGGAAGUGGGGGGGGUGAGGGGAGCGGGGGAGGGGAGUGAAGAAGGGGGAGAAAGUGAAGUGGAGGCGGUGGAUGUGAUCUGUGAGGUUGUGGGUUCGAAUCCUGGCGAGAAGCAAAUUGUGGUUGUGAGGGCGAAGAUGCUGGUGGGAGCUGACGGGGUGAGAUCAGCUGUGAGGGAUCAGAUGAUCGGCGACUCGCCGCGUUUUCUCAAUCAGAUCGCUUGGAAUUCGUUCCUGAGCACUCCAGUUCAUGUCAGCAGUCCCGCUGACGUCAGCAGCUCAGGAGAAUCAAGAGAGGCUGCUGUUCCUGAAUUGACGGCCCUGAUUGACGAGGUGACGGGAUGCAGUGCGAUCUUCAUCACUUUGAAGAACGGCGAGAGAAUCUGGCAGGUAUUGGCUGGUAUGGUCCUGGGAGGCACCCCCUUUGCAGGCUUCGGCAGCAAGCACAACAUUAAAGCCCGCCUGCUCCCUCUCAUCCAGGCCAACCUCCCCCACCACCCGCUCUGGGAACGAGCCUUCCAAGAAGCUUCCUCCACCCCGGAGAAUCUAAUAUUCGAACGUCGCCAGCUGGAUCGUCCGCCGCCCGCUGAUUCCUGGAGCGACCCUGUAUGCGGUAACAGGGUUGUUCUUAUAGGGGAUGCGGCCCAUGCCAUGGAUCCUGGGCCGGGGCAGGGGGCACUGACAGGGUUUGAGGAUGCUCACCAGUUGUCCCUGUGCUUGGGUGAGACGGGGGAUCCGGACCUGCUUACCAAGCCUGCUGCCGUGGCUGCGGCGAUUCGGGAGUUUGAGGCUCGGCGGAUAGCGCGGUGUGUGAAGGUGCAUCAGCAUGCAACCAGGCUGAUUGGGUAUGGGGAGGAGGGAAGGGAGUUCAAGAGCAGGAGCGUGGAGGAUCAGAUGAAAGCUACCAUGGAGUUCAUCAGGUGGAUGUAUGCUUAUCCUGACAAGAUCGAUGGGCAUCCAGAUUCCACCUUUUUCCAAUAA